AAAAUGAGAGGAAAAAAAAUUAAAAUUAAAAUUAAAAUCCACUUUGUGUGAUUGAUUGAUCGUCAUUCUCCAAUCUCCAUUCACCGCUUCUCCUCUCCCCCCUCUCCUUCAUGCCCCUCUUCCACUCCCUCCUCCGGCGAUCUUCGCCUCAAACCCUAACCCUAACCCUAAACCUAAUUUCCUCCAAGAUCUAGGGUUUCAUCCCCAAAUCCGAUCAAAAUGCUGAACAAAUUCAUGAAGCGGGGCAACCGCAAGGUCCCCAAAUCCGACGCCAUCGAGCCCUCUGCCUUCCCUCCGGCCUCCUCGCUGCGCCGCCCCACCGACUUAACGCACUCUUCCUCGGCAUCGCUCCCAAAUCAAUCUCCCCAAUCCCCUCGUCGCCGCGCGUUGGAGGCGGAGGUGGAGCGGCGGCGGUACCCUCCUCCGCCCACAACAGCGUCGAAGCUCUCCCUUUUCCGAGACGUUCCCGUCGCUGAUCGCCAAUCCCUCUUCCUCCGAAAGCUCCAGAUCUGCUCCCUCUCCUUUGAUUUCUCCGAUACCCUCAAAUUCGCGCGGGAGAAGGAGGCGAAGCGGCAAACCCUGCUCGAGCUCGUUGAUUUCAUCCAAUCGGGCUCCGGCAAAAUCACCGAGCAGGUGCAGGAUGAGCUCGUUCGUACGAUCUCCACCAACAUUUUCCGAUGCCUUCCUCCGGCGUCCCACGAGAACACGGGCUCCGAGGGUGCGGAUCCCGACGAGGAGGAUCCGUAUCUCGAUCCGGCGUGGCCUCACCUCCAGAUUGUCUACGAGCUUCUCCUUCGCUACAUUGUGUCGUCCGACACCGAUACUAAGAUUGCAAAACGCUACAUUGAUCAUUCAUUUGUGCUCCGUCUCCUGGACUUGUUCGACACCGAGGAUCCUAGAGAGAGGGAGUAUCUUAAAACGAUUUUGCACCGAAUCUAUGGCAAGUUUAUGGUGCAUAGACCUUUUAUUAGGAAAGCCAUUAAUAACAUAUUCUAUAGGUUUAUUUUUGAGACUGAGAGGCAUGCGGGGAUUGGUGAGCUUCUUGAGAUCUUGGGGAGUAUUAUUAAUGGGUUUGCUCUGCCGAUGAAGGAGGAGCACAAGUUGUUUCUUGUGAGGGCUUUGAUCCCUUUGCACAAGCCAAAAUCAGUGGGGACUUAUCAUCAGCAGCUGUCCUAUUGUAUUACGCAGUUUGUGGAGAAGGAUUAUAAGCUUGCCGAUACGGUUAUAAGGGGCCUGCUGAAGUACUGGCCCGUCACGAAUUGCCCAAAGGAGGUGCUGUUCUUGGGAGAGCUGGAGGAGGUUCUUGAGGCCACCCAGCAGGCAGAGUUUCAAAAGUGCAUGGUCCCUCUUUUUAAGCAGAUCGGGCGGUGCCUUAAUAGCCCCCAUUUUCAGGUUGCUGAAAGGUCCCUCUUCUUAUGGAACAACGAUCAUAUUGUGGGGCUUAUCGCCCAAAAUCGCCAUGUCAUCUUCCCAAUCAUAUUCGAAGCAUUGGAGAAGAACAUGCAAAGCCACUGGAACCAAGCAGUUCACGGACUCACAGCAAACGUUCGAAAAAUGUUCCUUGAAAUGGACAGCGAGCUGUUUGAGGAGUGCCAGCAGCACUACAUAGAGAAAGAGGCAAAGGCCAAAGACGUGGAAGAGCAGAGGGAGCUGGCAUGGAGAAAAUUGGAAGCUGCUGUUGAAGCUCAAUCCGGAAAUGAUGAUAUGGUGUUGGUGAGUUAGAGAAAGUCCCAUGUUUGUUUCUCUCUUUUUGGCUUGGUAAUUUUUCUGUUAUUAAUUAAAGAAAGAAGGAUAAGAGUACUUGUAAUUUAAGUGUAUCAUUUGUGGAUAUGCUGCAGAUCUUGAAUGGAUGUAGGAUACUGUCAUUUUUUGUUUUUCCUUUUUUUGGCUUUUCACUUUUCAAAGGAACGUAGCGUUGUCAACCAAGCUAGAAGGUCGUUUUGGAAACAGAUUGAGAGAGAAUUGAAAAUGUGGUUGCGUGA